CAUAUUGUUUUGUCAAACGAAACUUGCACGUGUUUUUAAAAGUUUAUAAAAUUUAUCGAUUUCGUGUUCAAAAUUUUUAGUUUUUGUAAUUAGUUGUGUUUAUUGUGUUUAUUUAAAUAAAUCAAAAUGUCCAUGCUUGCGGCUCCACGCCGCAAACAAAAAGUUAUUAACCUACGAGCGAAGAAUAACGAGUGGAGCAAUGAUAAAAAUAAAUUUGGACAGCGAAUGCUGGAGAAGAUGGGUUGGAGCGAAGGUAAAGGCUUGGGGGCGAACGAAAAUGGAAUUGUUGAACAUGUUAUAGCGAGGUAUAAAAAUGACGAGAAGGGUUUGGGUUAUGUGGACAGAAAUGACCAAUGGACGAAACAUGAAGAUGAUUUUAACGCACUCUUAGCAAACCUAUCUAAUAGCAGUGAUCAGAACCUGUCACAGGAAGUUAUUCACAGUGGAAAAUCUUUAGAAAGUAAAUCAAAGAAGAGUAAAGCCAGAAUACACUACCACAAGUUUACUAGAGGCAAAGAUUUAGCCAGAUACAGUGAGAAAGACUUAGCAAAUAUCUUCGGAAAGAAAACUUUAAAACCCAAUGAAAAUGUGGAACCAGCUAACGAGGAAAAUAAGGAAGAAAAGGUGUUUACCGAGAAAGGUAGUAUGUAUGAUUAUUUUAAAAAUAAAAUGGCCAACAUAAGUAAUUCAGGAAGUAAGUUAUCUAAGAAUAAUAAAGAUGACGAAGAAAUAAUGGAUCACUGCUUCCAAGGAUUUUCCAAUUCAAAUUCAAGCCCACAAGAUUCUGACGAAAAAGAAUCUCAAAGCUCAAAUAAACAUGCUGUUUUCUCCUUUUAUCCUCAAAUUAAUGUUUCUGUAAAUCAAAAUGAUGCUUCAUCAAACGGCCACUUAGAAGAAUCACAAAACAGCAAAAAGAAAAAGAAGUCAAAACAAAAGGCUAUCACAGAAGCACCUAGUGAUCAAGAGUUACCAGAGGGGAAUGAUUCAAAUAAGAAGAAAAAGAAAAAAUCUAAGAAAAGAAGUCAAGAAGAGUUUGUUGAACAGGAAGAAGAGCAAAUCGUUAAAAAGAAAAAGAAGAAAGAAAAAGCACCUGAAGAACCUGUGCUAGAGCAUGCUGAUGAGCCUACAGAAGUCACACAUAAAAAAAAGAAAAAGAAAAAUAAAAAAAAUGAUUUAUAAACAAAAAGUUUUAAAUAUACCUAAUAGGGAUGAGGGUUUUUAAUAUUCCAUUUGCCACCCGGUGUCACCAUGUAGCCUUAGGGUCUAUCGUGUCAAAUAGGCAUAUAAUCGUGACACAUAACAGCAGUUUGACACGAUAGAUAGACCCUAAGGCUAUAUAGCGGUACCUGGUGGCAAUUGAAAUAUCAAUAAAAUCGGCCAAGUGCGAGUCGGACUUGCGCAUGAA